AUGAAAUUUGCACUGUAUGGAAUCAUGUCAGCAUUUAUCUUGAAAAAUGUUAUUGUUAUUGCAUCAUUAUUUCCAAAAGUAUUUCGUACGGGUUCCUCGUAUAUUGAGAUAUUAGCACUUAUUCUUACAUAUGUUUAUGUACUUGAUUGGUAUCCUUGGCAAUCAGCCAUUCUUUUUCGAUGCCCAAUUCAAUAUCAGUUAGGAGCGAUGGGCAUUCUUCUUGCUUAUAUUAAUUUACUUUUCUAUGUUCGAACAGCUCCUAUAUUAGGUUUGGGAGUUUACAUUGUCAUGUUACAAGUCAUUACAAUGAAAUUUCUGCGUUUUCUCCCAAUUCUUCUGAUUAUCAUUUGUGGUUUCGGUUUCACAUAUUGGAUGUUAUUACAGUACCAAGAUGUCUAUGGAUCACCAGGAGAAGCGUUACUGCGCACCAGUUUGAUGGCCUUUGAUUUAGGCUACGAAAGUCGUUUAUAUGAUACUCAAAAUGGUGGUGUUGGUUAUUAUAAAUUAGUAUACUUUAUUUUCAUACUUGCGGCACUUGCACUUUCUAUUUUCAUCAUCAAUUUAUUAAUCGGUUUGGCAGUUGGUGAAAUUCCAUCUUUGAAAACACAAGGAACGUCCUCACGCACAUUAUUAAUGUAUAAUCUACUUUCGGACUAUGAAAUAAUGCGAAUUCAAUUUCACUUACUCAUCAAUGCUGUGGUUUCUUGUGGAUGUUAUGGAAAUGGAAUUUCAUGGUUUUGUCCCCAUCCCUAUACCAUUUUACAAAGUGACGAAAAUUUAGGCCCAAUGGGUAAAUUUAGUACACUAUUUGCAUACAUUAAUAAACAUUUUUUCAAACAACAAAUACAAGACAAUGUCCCUCCUAAGAAACAAGCGAAAGACUUAGAUCAAGAAGUGGACAACGAUAACUUUUUGUCGUCUUAAUCAUAAGAGAGUAAAACUAGAAAGAAUUCUAG